CAAGAAGUUCCUUGUCAAGCCGAGGAAAUGGGAACAUUAGAAGAAACGGCAGUGAAAGGCAGUCCGGUAAAGAAAAUGGUUUUUGGUGGUUGAAGCUUCCAUAUGUUUUGAGAAUUCUUAUGCGGAGUAAUAUUGACGAAGAAGUAUCUGAGGGUUUCUUUAUUAUGAGAACGGAAUCUGCGGAUAAAAAUGAGACCGAGAAUUCAUACGUUGUUGCAUUUGAGGAUCAAAAUGAUGCCAGAAACUUCUGUUAUCUGCUGGAAUCGGUUUUUGAAGAUUUAGGUGGUUUUUGCACCGAUAUUGUUCCUGCAUCAACCAAGGAUCUUCUCAAAGAAGUGAGUUUGUCCGGGAAGAAAGUGAUCGUUGUGAAGAAGAGGCAGCUCACUUUGUAUGCCGGCCAACCAUUUGAAGACGUCGAAGGAGCAUUGCAUUCUUUGAUCCAAGAACAACGAAUAUAG